AUGGCAGGACAACAUUCGUUCGCUGAUAUCUCCACGAAUUCGACUAACUGGAGUGUUUUUGUUAAGUUUUUGGCUGUCUGGAAGCCGAAGAAUGAUUCUGAAGGGAAGAGGAAGAGUAUGAUAUUAGUAGAUCAACAGGGUUGUCGGAUUGAUGCAACAAUUCCAUAUAUUCGAUAUGCAUCACCGUUCCAUAAUCUGAUUGUUGAGGGAAAGUGGUAUCUACUUUCCAACUUUCAAGUUAUGGAGAAUAAUCUACAAGUUAAAAAUUCUCGCCAUCACUUGACAAUAAGGACAAUCUAUCAAACAACAAUGCGAGAAGUGGAAGAGAAGUCUCGGAAGUCUUACUUCAACUUUAUUACAUGCACUCAACGUAAGAAUUCCGAAGUGGACGAUAGAAGAUAUUGUUAUGAUGCUAGCGGUAUUGUCUCUAAUGUAUCACAGCUUCGUGAAGUAACAUUUAUAGAUAAACAGAAUGGCUACUCUAAUACCGAAAGCGUAGUGACCUUCACCCUUACAGAUGAAACUAAAAAAGAAAUAACCUGUGUUGCGGUGGGAAAAUCCGCCAUAGAAUUUGAAAACAACUGGGAGCAAGUUGUUUAUGAGUAUGAUGAUGAUGCCGAAAGUCCUAUUAUAAUUUUCCUUAAUCACGAGUUCAUGGAGAUGAACAUGGAGACACUGCUGGGUGAAGAACCAGAGUUUAAUCCUCAAGAUGUCAGCUCAGAUGAGCAUUAA